AUGGUCUCAACAAGACAGUCUUGUAAUGGGAGUGGAGGAGAAAACAAUGAAGCAAGUACCUCAAACUUAUCAUGGUCCAGAAGCCGGUCAACAGGCUCUGCUUGUGCCUAUGAUGGGCUAAAUGCCUUGAGUCUAAGUAGCCUCUCCCAAGCUAGUGGGAGUGGCACUGGCAGUAUUAGUAGCAUAGGGAGUGUCCAGAGCCUGUGCAGCUCUGCAAGCAGUAGUGGUGUCAGCAGUGCAAGUUCGGUCAUUGUCGAACCUCUGAACCUGCUGGAUAUGCCCCCUGAAAUCCUCGAGAAAAUAUUUUCAUACGUGGGGUACCAUUCUGUUGCUCAGCUGAGACUGGUAUGCAAGCAGAUGGAUGCUGUGUGCUGCAACAUCCUGAAUUCAACUUUCCAUCGUCUUCAAAACAUGAUGCUGAACCGAUUUCAAGCCAUCAGAGCGAAAAUGCCCCGGCGCGAGUCCGCCCGGCGACACCACCCUCUUGCACUUGAGUCGGAUAUUGUGGAAACACUGCACAUGAGACUCACUCUAUUGCAGAUGACCUUUGGGAAGCAUAUUGAAAGGAAGCACUGUUGUUUCUUUGCUGGAGAGAUUUUGGAUGAAGUCUUUCGCAUUUUACAUUACUUGAAAAACACACCUAAAUUGUCACGCCCAUACAAGGUCACAGAUGAACUAUUUGAUCUGUCGACUAUGGCAAUGGAAUAUUUUAAAGAGCAUAUUGAACCAACUCUUCCUGAGAUUUCCUGUUUUGGUACUGAUUUUUUGGACUUCUCUUCUGGCUCUUUUUCACGUAAAGAUGAUAAUGCGUUGGUACCUUACUCAAUGGUGCCCUCUCCAGAAAUGGAUAACCUUCUAGAACCCGUGCCUCAGUCCAACAUGGUCUUGAGGAAAAGGAUUCGUAAAAUUAAGCAAGGAAUGAAGAGGUACAACAAUCAGCUAGGAGCUCUGAAGAGGGAAAUACGGACUUGCAAAAGUAAGAUGGGCGAACAACAGAAAUUACUGUUGGAUUAUGCCACACGUCUGGACGAAAAUGACAAAAAAAGUGAAGAGACCUCUCGGAAAUUCAGCACUUUGCUUCAGGAACUGAACAAGUGCAAAACUGAACUUCAAUUUUGGCGCUCAAAGGCCCCAGCCAACCCCCCUCUGUGCCAGAAUUGUGGCACUGCCAUUCCUGUUGUGCCUGGAGAUGACAUGAAGGCUCUGGCAAAUCAAGGUGUCCUUGAAGGCUUAUUGGCAUCCCCUGCUCCUGUAGAUGGGGUUGAUCCAUUCCAUGGAUUGUGUGGUGUUGAAGAAGCAUGCUGUCUUGGACGUCCUGUACUCAGCUUGCCUACAGGGCAAGGUUCUAUCCUGGGGACCUGCCCAGACUUGCAACUGCCAGGAUCAAGUGGUUCCACAGCCACCCCUCCAAGCACAACUACUUCAGCACCAACAUCUUCAGCUACCUCAACUUCUCCUGAAACAUCACAACCAGCUAGAGUUGCUACAAAAAGAAAAUCCAGCAGUGCUGGUCAGUUUGCCAUUGCAACUAAGGUUCGUCGGGCCGCUCAUUUGAAGUCACGUGCCAGCAAGCGAGCAAACAAGGUAUAAUAUUUAAGAGUAGCUUAAGCAAAUUUAGACUGGAUUUUCAGCAGAUUGGGCGUGUGUGUCAAAUUUUGUUGGUGUCUUUCUUAAUUUUGUUUUUUUUUUUAUUUUGAUUAUUAUUUUCUCUUAUUGUCGUGUAUUUAUUAAAGCUUAUGACAGAAUGAAAUGGUCCUGUGGGGCACUGUUAAUAUAUUCCCAUCGAAGUGAUUUCAAAAAAAAAUUGAACUUAAACUUUAGUUUAGGCAAUUUGAUUAAAAUCCUAGGUUUUCAUUAUUUUCCCCCUACCCCUUUCCUUGAUGAGGAGCCCAGGAUGUUGUUAAGGCAGAGCUGGGACCAAAUUCAAGUCAAGUUACCCUGUAUUAUAUGGUUUUAAGAAAUUCAGCAGUGAUGUAGUGUAAAAAAUAAAAAUAAAAAAAUAUUGCAAGCGUAAAGCCAAAUAGGUGUUUUGGCUCUAAGAGCUUGUCAACUAGAUUAGAAUGUUGACAAAUGUAAAUAGUUUUAUGAAUUUGUGCUCUUCAGAGAUCGAAAUGUGACACUCUUCUCAUAUAUUAGAGUUAGAACUUAGAUAAACUAUUUGUUAGAGUGGAAGAACAUAUCUUCCACUCUUAUUUUAAAUUUUGCAAGUUCUAAAUGAUCUUGCUCUGUACUAUUCUUUCAGACUUUGUGAGAUACCACAAUCAUCAACUGAACUUGGUUUUUGUUUUGUUUUAUUCAUGAAUUUGUCUUCCUGAGAAUCUGCCUGUAUUGUUAAUAGUUUUUCUGACUUGCUUAGCUCACAUAAUGCCAGCAAUUCAGCUUAUUCAUUAUCCUAGUGAAUUUAAUCAGCUUUGAAAAUUUCGUAUCUUGCAAGUUAAGCAAUAAGGAACUAUCUUACCUUAUGGGGACACAGAGUGACAAUUUUUAGAUGAACUUUUUUUUUUUUCUUCCUUGAUUGCAUAUAUCAGACAUUGUACCUUCUAAAUUUUGUAGGUCAUUUUGGAGUUCUGAGCUAAUGUAGUACCCAGUAACUACAAAUGUUUUGUAUUUGAACCACUCUUACCAUAAUCUGGUAGUGUUUAUUAAAUACACCAUAGUCGCAGAGUUGUCCUGUUCAUCGCGUAAUUUGUAUCAAACAUGACUAAGUGCAUUUGUUUAGGGAUCAGUCAAAAAAAGAAGUUAAACAUGUAGUAAAUAUUGUACAUAAAAUAUAAUUCUACAUUUUGUUGUUUCAUUCCACUGAUGAAUAUUUGUGCUGAACUUAAGAUAAAAUUUAUUAGAUUUCAUGAACGAUGUCUUUUAUCCACCAGACUAGCUGUUAGUUAAUCUGUGCUAUGUACUUUUAUUUUGAUCUUUUGAGAUCUUCCAAUUAUUUUUCAAAUGUUUGGUUCAUGUAAUCUACUCGAGAUUUUAUUGAUUUUAACACUAAGCAAAGGAGCAAACAUUUUUGUAACAGUUCAUUAGUAGUACUGAGUUUUUGUCAUCCAUUUGGUAUGAAAUGUUCAUAAUCACUUCUAUAAUUUUGUAUAAAGGGCAUUUCAAUGUUUAAAUUUUAUUAAAUGUAUUUAAAUUGAA